GUGAGAAACCUGUCUCGAGGCUUGUUUACAUUCUCCAGCCUUGAUGUUAGCCUGCUAGUUAAAACAUUCCGUUCCUGGCACUUUGCGUGUGUUCAUAAAACUGUGAUAAAACUGUUACGUAUGUUAAUAACGAUACGACUGAUGUAAAUUGUGAUCCCCGCUCCCAGGAACUGUGUAUUCCUGGUUUAACAGCAUCCCGUCGAGAUGACGCACUGGUUUCAUCGAAAUCCCCUUAAAGCCACGGCAAAUGUCUCUUUUAAUUUGUAUGGCAUCGCUGCAAGUCCCGCAGCAAACAAAAUAUGCAAUGACCUGAGAACAAGCAGGGCAAGACUGCUGGAGAUGUUCACAGAUGUCACAUGCACUCCAGAGAUAAUGAAGAACGCCACCGACUCUUACUUUUCUGUCUUGCAAGGGUUCAUUGCUUCUCUGGAUGGCACCACCCAAGAGAACAAACUGCGCUUCAUUCAGAACUUCAAGUGGACUGAUACUUUACAAGGCAACGCUGCAAGUGCCCAGCAGGAUGCAGUGUUUGAACUGGUCUCCAUGGGCUUCAACGUUGCUCUCUGGCACACCAAGUACGCGUCCAGACUGGCGGGCAAAGAGAAUGUCACUGAGGAUGAAGCGAAAGUGGUUCACAAGAGUCUAAAGAUAGCUGCUGGAAUUUUCAAGCAUCUAAAGGAUGCCCACAUCCCUCGGCUCAUCACCCCAGCAGAGAAAGGGCGGGACCUGGAACCCAGAGUGAUUGACGCCUACAUUGUCCAGUGCCAGGCCGAGGCCCAGGAAGUAACUAUUGCCAGAGCCAUUGAACUCAAACACAAUGCCAAUCUCAUCGCUGCACUGGCCUUUGAGACGGCUAACUUCUACCAGAAGGCUGACCACACGCUGAACACUCUGGACCCAGACUACAGCAGCAAAUGGAGGAAAUAUCUUCAGCUCAAACAGCUCUUCUACAUGGCCUAUGCAUAUUGCUACCAUGGGCAAACCCUACUGGCCAGCGACAAAUGUGGAGAAGCAAUACGGUCCCUACAGGAGGCAGAAAAAUGCUAUUCGAGGGCCGAGGGCAUGUGUAAAGAGUACCGCCAGACCAAGGGCCCAGGCUCCACGGCCAAGCCCUCCGAGCAGCUCUUCUUCCUCAAGCUGGGAGGCCUCAUCAAGAACACCCUGGAGAAGUGCCAGAGGGAGAACGGCUUCAUCUAUUUCCACAAGGUACCAGCUGAGGCGCCCUCGCUGGAACUGAAGGCCAGCUACGGCCUGGCGGAGCCAGUGGCCUUCGAGCUACCCCCCGUCAGCGACCUGUGCACGCCUGAGAUCUACGCCACCUUCGACCUCACCAAGGGAGCCAAGGACGACAAGGCCAAGGCAAAGCAGCAGGACGAAGAGGUGAAGCCCCUGAAGGAGCCGGACCUGAAGCCCCAGAAGGACACGGGAUGCAGCAUCUCCUAAAUACACACACAGACACACCCACACCCACCCAGCAGACAGUGGAGGUCAUCUACCACCCCCCUCUUACACACUACUAGUAUAAACCACAGUACAGUACAGCGCUCCACGUACCUGCAGAUUAAAAAACUGCACAGUGAAGGAAGCCUCUCUCUCGCUUUUAAGUUUUGACUUUCGACUACAGCAGACAACAGAGUUGAAAAGUUUGUGUUUGCUGGUUUGAGUUGUUCGAUUUGAAGAUCUGCCCCAGACUCAUUAAUGGGAUAUUACAAAAGGAGGAAAGUUUGACGUUUGAUGGUUUUAUUUUCGGGAAAAGGUUUAUGUACAGUAUGCUCUUUAUAUAUAUUUUUUCCACAGGGAAGAGUCAUGGUGGUACACAUAAACAUCAUUUGUCUGUGACGUGCUGAUUCUGCAUGACUCAUGGUGAAGCAUUGUUUUUUUGUUUUUUUUUAUUUGUAGUGGUUCAUAAUCAGUACUGUUUGAGGUGUUUUUUUCCUUGGUCUUCGUAGCUUUUAGUCAUUUUUUUUAUACAUUAUAGUCAAGCACGUAGUGUGCUUAUUAUUCCAAUUGUGUUAUUUUUUGGCAGACUGACCAUUACCAGUACAUUAACAGACACUGGGAAUUACUGCAGAAUAUUUAAAGUAGUACUCAUUGACUGUUCAUGUGUACUGUACAUUUUCUCUUGUAAAGCAAGAAAGUAUGUUAAAUGCAGUGACUACGUACUACUAGAAAUUUAGUGGAACACCCCCCCUUCUCCUCUCCAACCAUGUUCCAUGUCUAUCUCAUUUGUGUACUUCUGAUAGUGUUCAUUUCUCUAUGCUGCAGCCGGAGAACAAGGGCACUCUUGGUGUGUGUAUGGUGGUUUUUUUUUGGGAGGGGACAUGUUUUGCAGAAUCCCAGCUGUUUCUCAUCCCUGGGAGAAGCGGUAUUGUGAAUCUGAUAUGGCCAUAAAGGCCUGUCAGAAAAUGCCCCCCCCCACCUCACACACACACACACACCGGCUAGCCAGUGUGCUGAAAGUUGGAUGCGAAGGCCAAAUAUGUCAUCGUUUGGCACGCUGACUCCCCAAUGCUGCCCCCAGCAUGGCAACACACACACUGUGUGUUGAUGCUCACUCGAACACACACACACACACACACACACACACACACACACACACACACACACACACACACACACACACACACUCCUCAAAUUCAUGAUUUCAUUUUGGCCACGACAUGAGAUCUGGUCAUGAUGUGGUUCUGGCCCAAAGGCUCCUCAGGCCCGCGUCGGGUCCGGUCCACUGAAUGUCUCCUAAUCCCAUAACUCAAGUUAUUAUGAAAAGAGCUUUUUGGAUCCAUCCUCCACAUCCAGCAUCUCCAACAGCUCUUUCAGUUUGAAGGAAUGAUCAGCCGAUACAAAAAAACAACUUGCUGCACACACUUUCUUGUUUUGUACAUAGCUGUGAGAAGAAGACUCCCCACAUUGAGUUUUCUGUUUCCGCCUUUGCUAGAACUUUUGAUAUUCUGACUGGUUUUAAUGUUUUUCUGACCGUUAUUGGGCCACUGCCUCUCAACUGUGUCAUUAGUUGGCUUCCGAUCACUGUGUCUGAACCCUCAGCUCUUAUCCCUGUAUAUAAAAAUAUAACAAACCAACAAAAAAAUACAAUAACCAUGUGACCAUGUUGUAAAAUCGCAGUAGUUUUGUGAAGAGUUUUUGCUUCAAAGCUUUUUGCACUUUACCCAUUGUCUUACUAAAAGUGGCCUACAUAAACUGAAAGACUUCAAGGUGUGUUAUAAAUAACCUUCUAGAACUGAAUUGUUAUUAACAUCCUGUAGAUAGCAUUCUAUUUUGUCUCCAGUUGUAAGUAUUAAAAGAAUUACUCCAUUGCAAUUUUAUUUAGUGACUGUGUACCUGGAUGAAAUCACUCGCAUCAAUAAUGAUAUGCUCCAUUGUAUAAUGUGUACUUAUAUAUGAACGUUAACCCAAAAUCAUUGUUAUUGUAUUUAUCUGUUCACAUAAUGAACAUGCACUUCACUGAAAAUUAAAACAAUCCCUAUAGACACAUUGGUUCCAUUUUAUUUUCUUUUUUUCCCAGGACUAAAAGUAAGCAAUAGCGUGGUGUUCCAUGACAAAAUGAGACCCAAAAUACGACAAGAAAUAGACAUUUAUAGGAAUUUACUCUGAUUCAACAAGAAUUCCUGAUGUGUGAAGCAACUGAUAAAUCAACAUCUUGUAGAAAACUGUAACAUACACUGUGCUCUGUAUAUUUGCUUGUAUGCCUGGCCCUCGGCAGUCAUACAUCGACUGAUUGUGUCCUAUGUCAAAUCAAC